UCUCGUCAAAUCCCUCCCUCCAAACGGAAGGGCGGAAAAUUCGGUUAUGAAUGAAAAAAAGUGAGGAAAGUUGUUUUCCCCAGCGUUUCUUAUGCCGAAGCACUUGAUGCAAAAUUGUAAGUAUUUAGCUGAUCCGAUAGGGUACGGGGAGCGAAUUUUGCGUGUCGUAUCAAAAUUGAACCAUCCUUGUCCGGUUCCAAUCAGGAGCCGAUUCAUUAACGGGUCCAAUUUGCUUCAAUUCAACUUCCUCACCACUAACUGAGGUUUUAGUGAAAACCAAGCUCUGUUGUGAAUUUCUUUCGAGAAGACGUGAUCCAUCUGCUAUCAUUUGUCAUAAUUCAGCCCCAGAAUUAGAGAUAUUGAUGGACAAGAAAAUUAAAGAGCAGAGCAACACCAUACCGUAUCUUCCUGAAGAGCUGAUCAUUAACAUCCUCAUGAGGCUUCAUGUUAUGUGCUUCACAGCUCCGCGAGGCCUGUUUGCAAGCGUUGGGCUUAUAUAGUUCGUGAUCCUCUGUUCAUUGAGGCACACCUCCAACAAUCAAAGACGGUUCUUUUUAUUGAAGGCACAGGUUCUCCAAAGAAGGCCCAUUUACUUGAGAUAAAAGGUGGCGGCUUUCAAGUGACCGAUCUAAGACAUCGGUUUCCUGGAAGAAUGAUGGCUAGUUGUGAUGGUGUAGCGUUGUUUAAUGAUCCUAACGAUAAUAGAGUUUUUCAUGUUGCAAAUCCUGCUACCUUGAAGGUGUUGAAGCUCCCUUAUCUCGACGCACCUUCCAAUCCUCUGUACUAUAGUAACUGCAUAGGACGUGUUCAUUCUACCGGGGAAUACAAAGUAGUGCAUGCAUAUGAAGACCUAAACAAAGAAUACCAUUGGCUCAUUUUGACUGUGGGUAUUGAUAAUUCGUGGAGAAAAAUCUCGUGUCAGCACCCAUUUAGCCGUGAAUAUGUAGACUUGGACAAUUUUCCGGUUUCUGUUGGAGGGGUUAUUUACUGGACCGACUGUGACUUUCAAGUGGAUGGUUUCAGUUUCUUUCUUGCGAUGGACGUGGACAAUGAAACAAUUCACGAGGUCCCGAUUCCAGAUGUUUCUCAAGAGCCUUGUGCUUAUAUGAAGAUGGGAGAUUAUCUUUCUGGUUUUACAACAGCUCCGCUAAGUUUACAAUUCGAGAUAUGGGUUUUGAAAGACUGGCGCCAGGGACAGUGGGCUAAACUCUAUCAGGUGAAUAUGGAAAUCAGUAUUGAUGUCCCUCAGGAUCUGUUUUUCUACUUACCUUUGGGUUGGCUGAACAACGACGAAGUACUCAUUUUAGAGGCGUUGACGUCUCAGGGCGAUAUGUAUAUGGCAUAUGACGUGAAGAAAAAUGAGAUAAAAAUUGUUGAUUUAAGCUUAUGUGCAUAUGAUUUCUAUGCUCAUGUUCACACCAGCACGCUAGCUUCAUGGACGAUACAGCAUUAGUGCCUCCUCAGAGGUGACAGUUUUCUGUAUGAGUUGGCUAAGCUCUGUCUGAUCUGUGCUGUUACUCAAAUUGCUUCACCCAGGUCUGGUUCUUUUAGAAGUGAAGGCUUAUAUUUGAAUUUUAUGAAGAAAAAGGAAUGUGUUAUUAGCUGAAUGAGACCAUGGUAAAGGUUUUUAUAUUUUUGUUUUUUGGGGGAAUUGAAGUUUAAGGUUUCGUAGAUAGGAUGUUUCAGUUUACAAACUGUGAUUAUAUUUUGAUGUUGAAUUGGUACCUGUUGGGAUUUUGCAUUUCAUAGUUGUGGAUCCUUGUUAUUUUGUAUA